AUGACUGGGCAAUCAUGGAUGCAUGGCACCAAGCCAACCGACUCUCCCCACUCGAGGACGGGGAGAUACCAGAGUUCGAUCUACAGUACCCAGACUCACCCACUAUCUCCGGAUUCCCUGACAUCAGCCUUGCAACCAGGAGAGCAGAUACUAGACCUGACCCCUGAGAUACCUCCGAGUCGGACCCAUACGAUUCCUGGGUCACAGACGAUGGAGAGCAUAACCCCUAUGUGCUCAGAAAUGAGCUUACCAACCACCACCUUAGCCCCUACAGAGAGUGCCAUGGAAAUCUAUGCCACCAGCUUCAAGCCAUUGCUGAGGACCAAAGAAGAGAGUGGGAGACCCCCAAAGCCCUUGUCCCCUACAUCAGGUGGACUGCUGGACAGUACAGAGCAGAGCCAGAACUGGUCUGCUUCUUCUUUGAUAGACCCGUCCAUCUGGAGUGGGAUGUCCUAUACAGAAGGUUCCAGGACUUUGCAUGUUCCAUAUGAAACAGAAACCAGUCCCUCACCAGAACAGGAGGUACCUACGUACCUGAGAGACUCGAGCACCCCAUACUACCGCAGCCCGAAGACCAGCCCCUCUAUCAGUGGCCUCGCAAUACUGCAACAUGGCAAUGGAACCACCUCUACCCAUGGGAGCGAGCCCAGAUCACCGGGUUCUGCUACUGGCUCCCAGAAUCAGACAGCGAGGAGAUCACACCCUACCCCUGAUCAACCCCUGAACCCCAUAAUGAAGAAGGCAGUAAUUGAAAUGGACUGGGAAGAACUAGUGGAAUGGCAGGGAAAGUCCCUGGCCAAUGAGGGAGCAUGGAUCUCUACAGAUGCCGCCAAAUUAAUGUAUCAACCUCAGGUACCGGAAAUAGUAUAA